AUGCAGAAGAACGUGAUCUUGGCUAUUGCGGGUGCAACCGUAGUUGUCAUUUUGAUUGCCACUGGUAUAACUUUAGCAGUCGUCCUCACAAGGAAGAGUCCUGAUCCAGGUAAGAAUAAUUGGAGUAAAAGACUGAGUACUAUUUGUAAUAUCGUCAAAAAUAAGAAGUUUUUAAUGUACACUUGCGUGAUAUUACAAAUCGUUGCGAAAAAGACACAGUCGCGUUGCCUUAAAUUAAGGAGAUCUUGAAA